AUGGUCAUGUCAAGCUCGCAGAGCUUGCCGGUGACUUACUCGCCGAAGUCGCCGCCAUCCAAUAGGCCCGAAAGGGUUCUGGGCGGCCUGCUGCCGGUGUCUGCUCUGGCCAGCUGCGCGGAGCCGCCGCGCAGCCUGGUCUCGUUUUCCCUGUCCUCGGCCCUCAUCCCCGCCGAGGCCUCCUCCGAAAGCUCACCUGGGAGCCUGCCCGUGUCCGACUUCCUGGCCCGGAAGCUCGAAGCCAUGGCUGAGGAGCUCACCGGCACACGCCUGGCCGCCGCAGAGUCCAAGAAGGCCGCGGAGGAGCGCGCGGCGGCGCUGGCGGAGGAGCUGGCGAUGGAGCGGCGGGAGCGGCACCUGGAGAAGCAGGCCUGGGAGGAAGAGCGGCAGCAGAUGGCCGCGUGCCUCCGCGCCGCCUUGGAGCAGCUGCCGCCCCUCGCGGCUUCCUGUGAUACCGUGGGGAUCGACUUCUGA